CCUGGGGUGUCAGAGGAGGGGCCCUCCCGCGUCGGGGGGCGUGAGCGGGGCGGGGCCGGAACGUCUUUCUUCUGGGCGGCGCCCCGGGCGGGUACAGUUUGCCCGCCGCACCGACCAUGGCCGCAGCCGCGCUGGGGCAGAUUUGGGCCCGCAAACUCCUCCCUGUCUCUUGGCUUCUGUGUGGCCCCAGAAGAUACGCCUCUUCCAACUUCAAGGCUGCAGACCUGCAGCUGGAAAUAACACAGGAGCCUCAUGAGAAGCCUGACCCCAGCAAGCCCCUGGUGUUUGGGAAGAAUUUCACUGACCACAUGCUGAUGGUGGAAUGGACCGAGCAGAAGGGCUGGGGCCAGCCCCGUAUCCAGCCCUUCCAGAACCUCAUGCUGCACCCAGCCUGCUCCGGCCUCCACUACUCGCUACAGCAGCUCUUUGAGGGCAUGAAGGCGUUCAAAGGCAGCGACCAGCAGGUGCGCCUCUUCAGACCCUGGCUCAACAUGGACCGGAUGCUGCGCUCGGCCCUGCGCCUCUGCCUGCCGAGUUUUGACAAGGUCGAGUUGCUGGAGUGUAUCCGCCGGCUGGUGGAAGUGGACAAAGACUGGGUCCCUGAUGACACCAACGCGAGCCUCUAUGUGCGGCCUGUGAUCAUUGGAAAUGAGCCCUCACUGGGUGUCGCCCGUUCCUCGCAAGCUCUCCUGUUUGUCAUUCUCUGCCCUGUGGGCCCAUACUUCCCUGGAGAUGCCGUGGACCCUGUCUCCCUCCUAGCCGACCCGACAUUCAUCCGGGCCUGGGUGGGUGGGGUCGGUGACUACAAGGUCGGGGGGAAUUACGGGCCCACAGUGUUGGUGCAGGAGGAGGCGAAAAAGAGGGGCUGCGAACAGGUCCUCUGGCUGUAUGGGCCUGACCACCAGCUCACCGAGGUGGGCACCAUGAACAUCUUUAUCUACUGGACCUACGAGGAUGGGGUGCUGGAACUGGUGACCCCCUCGCUGGACGGUAUCAUCCUGCCCGGAGUAGUCAGACAGAGUCUGCUGGACCUGGCCAGGACCUGGGGUGAGUUCCGGGUCGUAGAGCGGAAGAUCACCAUGAAGGAGCUGUUGCGGGCGCUGGACGAGGGACGGGUCCGGGAAGUCUUUGGCUCGGGCACCGCUUGCCAGGUCUGCCCUGUCCACCGGAUCGUGUACCAAGGCAAGCACUUACACAUUCCCACCAUGGAAAAUGGGCCUGAGCUUAUCCACCGCUUCCUGAAGGAGCUGAGGGCCAUCCAGUACGGAACGGGAACCCACGAGUGGAUGCUCCCGGUGUGACGCUAAAGACUGACCUACCUCCCCUCGGACCCACUGACCCGUAGCAUCUAGUCCUCGCCGGAACCUCGCCUCCCUACCCUUGACUCACCUCAAGUGCAAUAUGAAAUAAAAGGCCAGGGGGAGCCGGGACGCCUGGGUCUCUGGCGCCCCCGCGUGGUCUCUACACUCCCAAAGCCAUAAGGGCCCUACCCAGGCGUCUGGGCCCCAGCCCCGCCUCUCAGGCCUUUGCGGGGGGGAUCUGGACUCCCCGCUGCUCCGUUUCCUGGGGUCGAGGAUGCACUUUGGCCCCCCAGCUCCGCAUCUCUCCGUUCUCAGGCCGGAUCUCCCGGUGCUGCUGUUGAUUUUUUUUUUUUCCCUCUUUUAUUUUGAAAUAAAAUGCCAAAGAACAAAA